AUCUUCGUUACAUUCGUACUUUUCUUCUCUCCACACAGAGAGAGAAAGUAGAGAGAGAAAAUUGGGAAAUUGUUGUUGAUGAAACGGGAAACAUCUAGGGUUUGUGAAAUCUGAAUCGGAUUGCAUCAAUUGGUUUUGUUUUUUCUUGUAUAAAAUGGCGACGCCAUUGACCGGAUUGCAACACCGGGACGUUGGAGGUGGUGGUGUGGCUGUGAUGGCGGCUUCCGGUGGAGGGGCGGUGAACCAGAUGGAUCCAUCCAGUAGUAACCAAUCUUCCAAGAAACAAAGUUCGCCAAUUCAUAUCUUCUUGUUCUUUCAUAAAGCCAUACGGUCGGAGCUCGAUGCCCUACACCGGUCUGCCAUCGCUUUUGCUACUAAUUCUCAUGUGGAAAUUGAGCCCUUGCUUAAGCGCUAUCACUUCCUUCGAUCAAUCUACAAACACCACUGCAAUGCUGAAGACGAGGUUAUUUUUCCAGCUUUAGACAUCCGUGUCAAGAACGUGGCUCGAACAUAUUCUCUUGAACACGAGGGCGAAAGUGUCAUCUUUGAUCAACUGUUCACAUUACUGGAUUCAGACAUGCAAAAUGAAGAAAGCUUUAGAAGAGAAUUAGCAUCCUGCACAGGUGCCCUUCAAACAUCAAUCAAUCAACACAUGUCCAAAGAAGAAGAACAGGUGUUCCCCUUGCUCGUUGAGAAAUUUUCAUUUGAGGAACAAGCUUCGUUAGUUUGGCAAUUUUUAUGCAGCAUUCCUGUAAACAUGAUGGCAGAGUUUCUUCCAUGGCUUUCAGCUUCUGUAUCUUCUGAUGAACGCCAUGAGAUGCGUAAUUCUUUAUGCAAAGUAAUCCCAGAAGAAAAGCUACUUCAACAGAUUAUAUUCACGUGGAUGGAUGGUGCAAACGAAGUUUGCAUAUUCCAUAGUAUUGCAGAAGAUAAAGUUAUAUUCCCUGCUGUAGAUGCUGAGCUGUCAUUCGCCCAAGAACACGCAGAAGAAGAGAGUGAAUUUGACAAGUUUAGAUGUUUGAUUGAAAGCAUAGAAAACGAUGGAGCAAAUUCAUCUUCAUCUGAAUUUUGUUCAAAGUUAUGCUCACAUGCUGAUCAUAUCAUGUCCAUCAUCGAGAAACAUUUCAAAAAUGAAGAACUUCAGGUUCUCCCACUUGCACGCAAGCAUUUUACUCCUAAAAGACAACGAGAGCUCUUAUACCAAAGUUUAUGUGUAAUGCCUUUGAGAGUAAUCGAAUGUGUUUUACCAUGGUUAGUUGGAUCACUUACAGAAGAGGAAUCAAAAUCAUUUCUCCACAAUAUGCAUAUGGCAGCUCCUCCUUCCGAUAUUGCCCUUGUCACCCUGUUCUCCGGUUGGGCUUGCAAAGGGCGUCCAAGGGAAAUAUGUUUGUCUUCAGGCACAACAGGUUGUUGUCCUGCAAGGGCAUUUUUGGAAUCCAGUAAUGGUUGCAAUCCAUCUUGUUGUGCAUACAAUGAUAUGACAUCUGAAGAAUCCGGAAGGUCAAACAAACGGUCAAACACGACCCCACAUCAAGAAACCAAAAACCAUGGUAGUACUCGAAGCAAACAAUCUUGUUGUGUUCCAGGGUUAGGAAUGGAAAACAACAAUUUGGGAACAAGUUCUUCGAAAUCUUUACGUUCUUUAUCUUUUAACCCUUCCAGUUCUACCCCUUCCUUUAGCUCCAGUGUUUUCAACUGGGAAACGGGUAUAAGUUUGAUUGACACGGAGGGCAAUGGGCGUCCAAUUGACACAAUUUUCAAAUUCCACAAAGCAAUCCGCAAAGACUUGGAGUUUCUUGAUGUGGAAUCUGGGAAACUAAACGAAACAAACGAAAGCUUCCUUCAUCAAUUCAAUGGAAGAUUCCGUUUGUUAUGGGGUUUAUACAGAGCUCAUAGUAAUGCUGAGGACGAUAUCGUCUUUCCCGCAUUAGAAUCAAAAGAAACUUUACAUAACGUUAGCCACUCGUAUACUCUAGACCACAAACAAGAAGAAAAGUUGUUUGAAGAUAUAUCAACUUCACUUUUUGAACUGUGUGAGCUUCAUGAAAAUCUUGAUACGUGUGAUGAUAGUUUUAGGAAUUAUAAUGAGCUGGCUACGAAAGUACAGGGGAUGUGUAAAUCGAUUAGGGUUACAUUGGAUCAACAUAUUUUGCGUGAAGAACUUGAGUUAUGGCCUUUGUUUGAUAGACAUUUUUCUGUUGAGGAACAAGAUAAGCUUGUGGGGAGAAUAAUCGGGACUACAGGUGCUGAAGUGUUGCAGUCGAUGUUGCCAUGGGUGACCUCUGUUUUGACUCAAGAGGAACAGAAUAAAAUGAUGGAUACAUGGAAACAAGCUACUAAAAAUACAAUGUUUACAGAGUGGCUUAAUGAAUGGUGGGAGGGAAGUUCUCCUUCUUCAGAGGAAGCAUCACAAACAGAUGCAAACGUUUCACAAGGUGGUGAUGUACAUGAACAUGAAGCAUUGGAUCCAAAUGAUUACACGUUUAAGCCAGGGUGGAAAGAUAUAUUUAGGAUGAAUCAAAAUGAGCUGGAGUCAGAGAUAAGAAAAGUUUCAAGGGAUCCAACUCUUGAUCCCAGAAGAAAGGAUUAUCUCAUUCAGAACCUUAUGACCAGUCGUUGGAUUGCUGCCCAGCAGAAAUUACCACAAGGAAGAAAAGGGGAAACGUCAGAUAGCGAAGGCCUCCAUGGAUUCUCCCCAUCAUUUCGCGACACAGAAAAACAAAUAUUCGGAUGCGAGCAUUACAAACGAAACUGCAAGCUUCGAGCUGCGUGUUGUCAGAAGCUUUUCACAUGCAGAUUUUGUCACGAUAAUGUCAGCGACCACACAAUGGACAGGAAAGCUACAACCGAAAUGAUGUGUAUGAACUGCCUCAAGAUUCAACCUGUUGGACCGAAUUGCUCAACACCAUCUUGCAAUGGACUUUCAAUGGCCAAAUAUUAUUGUAGCUAUUGCAAGUUCUUUGACGAUGAAAGGACAGUGUAUCAUUGCCCGUUUUGCAAUUUAUGUCGGCUUGGAAAAGGGCUUGGAGUUGACUUCUUUCACUGCAUGACAUGCAACUACUGCUUGGGGAUAAAGCUGGUGGAUCAUAAGUGUAGGGAGAAAGGCUUGGAAACAAACUGCCCCAUUUGCUGUGAUUUUUUGUUUACUUCAAGCGCAGCUGUCAGAGCCCUUCCCUGUGGUCAUUUUAUGCACUCUGCUUGUUUCCAGGCAUAUGCAUGCACGCAUUACAUCUGUCCAAUAUGCAGCAAAUCCAUGGGAGAUAUGUCGGUGUAUUUUGGUAUGCUGGAUGCUUUAAUGGCAUCUGAGGAGCUCCCGGAGGAGUAUAGAAAUCGGUGUCAGGACAUACUAUGCAAUGAUUGUGAUAAAAAGGGGAAUGCUCCUUUUCACUGGCUAUACCACAAGUGUGGGAGGUGUGGAUCAUACAACACGCGAGUCAUCAAAGUUGAUCCAAUUGCUCCUAAUUGUUUAAACUGAAACUUUCCUUGCUUUGUGUCCGUUUGUUUGUGUAUAUACGUUAAUUAAUACAGUAGAGAGAAAUCAAGAGCCAGAGAGAGAGAGAGAGAGAGAGAGGAUGUAAAUUGCAAAUAUCUUUUUGUUGCCAAUUGCAAUUGCAUUGCAUUGGUUUUUCAGCAUAUGAGCAAAUAAAACCUUGGUGGAAG